AUGGCAUCUGUAUCAUUUCGAGAGCCAGUAUCUGCCACAGUAGGAAAACGGAUGAUCGUGACAGGCCCAGAUUAUAUAAAGGAUCAUCUACCUAAAGUUCAUCAGCACACGUCCUAUAUAGGAGAAAAACGCCCGGCAUUGGAAAAGACUGGAGAUCUCAGAUAUUUAUGGAGACCUGCCUCAAAUGGAAACUUACCAGCAAAAUAUAAAUACAAGUAUGUUGGUGAAGUUGGUUGGGGAAUACCAGAGUAUGAUUUUAUCAACCAAACAAGGCUUCGGACUGGCUUUCAGAUCAAGUAUGGAGAACUAAGUCAAGCCUCUAUUGAUAAAAUAAGCCACAGAUACCAAAACCCAUGGCAACCAAAACCUGAUAUUAUGGAUAUGCAAGGAAAAUACAGUCGUGGUUCUAUCGCCUGGCAUAUGGGAGAUUAUGAGAACAUCAAUGAGAGAAAUUCGAGAAGAUCUGUCCUUGUCAGGCAGAGCACAACAGCGUUGCCAAGAGCUUCCAGAUCACCUAAGUUGCCCAAGGUGCCAAGAAAGGAGGAGAAUGUAUUCCUAAGAACAAAGAUGUUCUCUUAUGUAACUGCAGUACAAUGA